UACCUGCAGUUGUCUCCCACACCUCCUCCAGUACCUGUUCCUCUUAACCUCUUCUGCAGUAGAUCUCCAACAGGGGUUCUCCUUCAACAGACCCACGAUCUCGCCCACUAAUCCCUCCUUCAGCAGACCCACGAUCUCGCCCACUAAUCCCUCCUUCAGCAGACCCACGAUCUCGCCCACUAAUCCCUCCUUCAGGAGACCCACGAUCUCGCUCACUAAUCCCUCUUUCAGCAGACCCACGAUCUCGCCCACUAAUCCCUCCUUCAGCAGACCCACGAUCUCGCCCACUAAUCCCUCCUUCAGCAGAUCCACGAUCUCGCCCACUAAUUCCUCCUUCAGCAGACCUAUACUUCGUCAACACUUCCUGUAACAUGUCCAGUCUGUUGCUGCAAGCAGUGCUGGUGGCAGCAGUAACACUGCUGGUCCAAGCUGACCAUAAGGGCCAAAUUGGUCACCACACCACCCGUGUUCCCGUCCAAGCUAACUAUGGGGGCGGCAGUGGUCACUACGCCACCCGUGUUCCCGUCCAAGCUAACUAUGGGGGCGGCAGUGGUCACCACGCCACCCGUCUUCCCGUCCAAGCUAACUUUGAAGGCUACGGUGGUUACGGUGGUCACCGCACCGUUCAUGGCUACGGUCAGGGCUGUCCAACUCUGGUCGAACACAUCGUUACUACUCAGACAGCAACAGCAACCAUACUGUCAACGGCGACCACAACGGCAACCACAACGGCAACCACAACGGCUCUGGUGACAACAACGGCAACAGCAACGGUCACGACAACGACAACGGUGACUUCAAGAGCCACGACAACGGUGACGGCAACGCCAACGGCAACAGUGAGCACCACAGCCACGGCAACAGUGACAACGACAGCCGCGGUAACGGCCACGACAACGGUGACAACGGUAGCCACCACAACGGCAACGCUGACCACAACGGCAACCAAGACACAAGUGUCAACCAAAAGAGUAACAAAAACUCUGGUGGUUGAAGAAAAUAAUUCUGAUGGUGGUCAAGGAUCGCAUUACGGAUGGUAAACAGAAGACAUCCAUCUGUGGAUACACCAGCCGUCACCAGCUGGUACACCAGCCGUCCCCAGCUGGUACACCAGCCGUCCCCAGCUGGUACAUCAGCCGUCCCUAGAUGGUAUAGGAUAGUACUGCUCCUCUAUUAUCCUGCCUCAUAUCACUGCACUGCUAGUUCACUAUUAUCCAUGAUAGUGAACUAGCAGACACCUGUACUAUGCCAGACACCUGUACUAUGCCAGACACCUGUACUAUGCUACGUUACAUGUGUCUU